AUGGACCUCUCGACAUUCAUGAAAUUCUUUGCUCAACACCCAAUAUUCCAACCACUAGCACUGCGGAACAAACGGGCCAAAUCUUCGCAGUCCAAGCAAGCGGCUCGGAUGGUGGUGGUACAAGUGCUGGCAAUCUUCAAUCCGGUCACUUUCAAGCUUGGAAAGGGAAAGCCAACAUGGGAAGCAGGUCCAGCACAAAUGAGGAUCCACCAGGAUACACUCUGGGUAGUCAUUCAGAUCAUGUAG